ACGACAUAAGAAAAUAAGCUUUUUGUAUGUAGCCAGACAGGGGCCCCCUGGUGUAGCUUUGUCAAAUUCUGCGCUCAAUUGUUCGGGUUACCUGUGGUUUUAGUAGAGCCGCCAUUUUGUUUCCACUUCACUAAAGAAAAUGACUCGCCACGCUAAAAAUGCUACUGCAAAUCCCGUGUAUUCUCGCCACGAGAAAAACAAGGAUACUAAGACUUCAGGUUACGGCAGUCAGAAAGUUCGAUUAGGCAAAGAUUCCGUGAAAGAUUUCGAUUGUUGUUCACUGACUCUUCAACCAUGUAGGGAACCAGUGAUUACUCCCGAUGGAUUCUUGUACGACAAAGAAGCGAUCCUAGAAUGCAUUCUGCACCAGAAAACCGAGAUGGCCAGAAAGAUGAAGGAAUACGAGAAGCAGAAGAAGAAACUUCUGGCCGAGGAGAGCGAGAAAAUAAGCGAGAAGGAGAAAUCUAAACUUGCAAGUUUUCUCGAGAUGGAAAGACGGAUCACUACUAAGCCGAGUAAGGCCUUCACUGCGACCAAAACUACAGCUGAAUCAAGCACCGCGACGGUGUCACUAGACGACGCAAAGCCAUCAACAUCACAAGGAUCAAUCAUUGAUUACAAGAACCUACCAAGUUUUUGGGUUCCAUCACUGACUCCAGAAGCCAAACCCACCCUCGUCACCAAACCGGACAACAAAACCUACUGCCCCAUGUCUAAGAAGCCCAUCAAAAUCAAGGACCUUAUCCCUGUAAAGUUCACCCGAGCAAAUGACUCCGAGCAAGACGCUAGUAAAGCUUUAGUUGCUAAAGAAGUCAGGUAUAAGUGCGCUGUCACCGGAGACACCCUAGGCAACUCUGUCCCUUGCGCAGUCCUUAGAAACACUGGCCAUGUUGUUACUUUGGAUUGUGUUGAGAAGAUUAUCAAGAAGGAUAUGUUUUGUCCAUUUACUAGUGUUAAACUGAAGGAGAAGGAUAUUAUUCCCAUGCAAAGGGGGGGGACAGGAUUUGCUGCUACUGGAACCAAGCUAGAAGCCAAGAAAGAUAGGCCUGUUAUGCAAGCUUGACUUCUUACUUUGUUUAGUUUUCUGGAAGAUGGUGUCAAUGGGUUUACCAUUUUCCAACAUAUUUUGUAUGUGUACCAUAGCCUAAUGCUAUCACACAGGAAUGCUGAGAAAGCAAAAAAGUGUGUGGAUAUAUAAGCCCAAUUUCCACAGUUAUUUGUAUUAGAAUCACCUUUUAUCACAAUUGCUAAGGCCCAGGGGCAGAUCCAGAACUUCUUGAAAGGAGGGGGGGAGGGGGACACCAUCAUAUCAAACAUAUGGAGGGGCAUAAAUAUGUAGAUGUAGGGGCCGGUUACUAGAAAGCAAGUAAGCGCUAACCCAGGGAUGAAUAUGGCUAUCUUGACAUUUGAUUGGAUAAAAAGGGUAUUCAUCCCUGGGUUAGCGUAAACCUGCCUUUCAAGAACCUGACGCAGACUACGAUUUAAAGGAGAGUGCAUGUUCUAGAGAUAUGUGUUCUAUCUUUUUCAAAAUGUAGCAACUAAACACAAGCUAUAGAUGUUUUUACAGAGUAAGAAUGCAAUUUAUGGUAAAAGAAGUCACAAAAUUAUUAGGUAACCCCUGUAAGCCUGUAAUCAUGUACAAGGUUCUCGUAAACUCAGGCUAGCUACAAUCAAGGCUCUGAACCAGGGUAGGGUAAAAGACACUUUAGACACAAACAGUGUUAACUGUUAAAAGACCAUUCUCACACAAACACAAAAAGCCUUUUGAAACACCUUGUGGAAUCAACAUUUUUUCCUAUCAUUAUUUAUACUUUAUUGCUGCAGUAUAUGUAAGAUACUCUAGCCUUUGUUUCCAUCUAAAAAACAUAAACUGGAAAGUGCAUUGAUUAGAUCAUGGCAGCUAUGCUUGCUUGCUCCCCCUUCCUUAUUAGGUAAAAAGUUGCAGAUGUGUUGUCUUGUUCGUACUCUAAUAAGAGUUAAGUAUAAAUUUGGAGGCUGUACCGAUUUCAUGAGUGUACUGCAAAAGCAGGUUUCAGAUGCGUUACUAGGACUUGCUAUGUUGGUGGUGGUGGUGGUGGGGGGGUGCUGUUAUAGGUAAGAUAUGACCCACUUUUUGGCCCGGGGGGAGGCACCUAGGUAAACGCCCGCGUUUAUCGAGAUUUUUCCUCAUACAUUUUACUGUUAUUUUGCCAGGACAGGGAAUGUUGAUCGUUUUAAAGAGGAUAUCGUCAUAUCUGUACACCCCCUCCCCCCUCUCGUUUGCGCUAAUAUAUACCCAAUAUGCUUUGUUUAGUUCAAGGACAAGAACACUUUAUGAAAAAAUGCCUUGCAUCAUUUAAUUGAGGGAACAAAUGUAUAGGGUUUUUUUCAAUCCGCAACAAAACAAUCUGAAAACGAUGCCUCCAGCCACAACAUUUUAUAAGGAAGGUGAUCAUUUUAAACCAGGAGAGUGCAACCAAAAAAGAAAUAGCACAAUUUGUUUGUGAAGUAAUAGAAAUAAGGGAAACGGGAAGAUGAUAAAUAGCAUAGGAAUAGGAAUUGGAUAACAGCUGUAACAGAUGUAUUUGGAGCGACGCCUGUUAAUAAAAAAUGAAAUGGUGGCAAAUAAAAUAAUUAAAUUGAA